GGAGAGGGGAGGAGUAGAUCGGGGUAGAAUCCCCAAAUAAGGGCGGUGAAGAGUGCUGGACUCCGGGGCUCAGCUGGGUGCCUGCCCCUGGGGCUCUUAAUAGGCGUUUACUGUGGCAACGAAUGAACGGACUUGGGAAUCUGCGCAUCCCGCGUCAGACGUCUGCUAGCAUUGUUAACCCUAGACUAGUUGCUUAACCCUCAAUCUCAGUUUUCUCAUCUGCAGCCCGGGCGCACACUCCCCUUCACAGGGUUGUUGUGAGCAUCAAAUGAACUAGUGUGUGUGCAGCGCUUUGCGAAUGUUAAAGCGUUAUAUAAAUGCCGAUUGGUAUUAUUAUUGUAAACUGACUUAGUGUUUCCUUUUAUUCUUGUGUCAACCAGCUGUUGCUGAAAACCCCUGGAUAAGGGUGUUGCCCCUGUAUUGGGACCCCAAAAAGGGUAUUUACUUUUUGAUAAUUGGAACUCCGCAAAAGGAAAAAUGGAUGAAGAACCUGAAAAAACAAAACGCUGGGAAGGAGGCUAUGAAAGAACAUGGGAAAUUCUUAAAGAAGAUGAGUCUGGAUCACUUAAAGCUACGAUAGAAGACAUUCUUUUCAAGGCCAAGAGAAAAAGAGUAUUUGAACACCAUGGACAAGUUCGACUUGGAAUGAUGAGACACCUUUAUGUAGUUGUAGAUGGAUCAAGAACUAUGGAAGACCAAGACUUAAAGCCUAAUAGACUGACAUGCACUUUAAAGUUAUUAGAAUAUUUUGUAGAGGAGUAUUUUGAUCAGAAUCCUAUUAGUCAGAUUGGGAUAAUCGUAACUAAGAGUAAGAGAGCUGAAAAGCUGACAGAACUCUCAGGAAAUCCAAGGAAGCAUAUAGCCUCUCUCAAGAAAGCGGUAGAUAUGACUUGCCAUGGAGAGCCAUCUCUCUACAAUUCCAUAAACCUGGCCAUGCAGACACUAAAACAUAUGCCAGGGCACACAAGUAGAGAAGUCCUGAUCAUCUUUAGCAGUCUCACUACCUGUGAUCCCUCUAACAUCUAUGAUCUAAUCAAGAGUUUAAAGGCAGCUAAAAUUAGAGUGUCUGUUAUCGGCCUGUCUGCAGAAGUUCGAGUUUGCACUGUUCUUGCCCGUGAAACUGGUGGAACAUACCAUGUUAUUUUAGAUGAAAGUCAUUAUAAAGAACUCCUAACACAUCAUGUUAGUCCUCCACCUGCUAGUUCAAGUUCUGAAUGCUCUCUUAUUCGUAUGGGUUUUCCUCAGCACACCAUUGCCUCUUUGUCCGAUCAGGAUGCUAAACCUUCUUUCAGCAUGGCGCAUUUGGAUAGCAGUACUGAGCCAGGCCUUACUUUGGGAGGGUAUUUCUGUCCACAGUGUCGGGCAAAGUACUCUGAACUUCCCGUUGAAUGUAAAAUCUGUGGUUUAACAUUGGUAUCUGCUCCCCAUCUGGCACGGUCUUAUCAUCAUUUGUUUCCUUUGGAGGCUUUUCAAGAAGUUUCUUUGGAAGAAUAUAAUGGGGAGAGAUUUUGUCAGGGAUGCCUAGGGGAAUUAAAAGAUCAACAUGUUUAUAUUUGUACUGUGUGCCAGAAUGCAUUCUGUGUAGACUGUGACUUGUUUAUUCACGACUCUCUGCAUUGCUGCCCUGCGUGUAUUCAUAAGAAUCCAGCUCCUUCGGGUGUGUGACAUCGUCCUUUCCUCCAUACUCUUAUUUCUACAUAAAAAAAAAACUACAGCCUAUUCUAGGGAGACUUGAGAAAUGGCUUGGAGAUGGAUUGUAGUAAAAUGUGAAGAACAAUUUGAAAACACAGGAUGUUUUUUUAAGUAUUUUGUGUUCAGAAAUUAAUAUUUUAAUAAACUUUUACUUGUA